AUGUCGUCGCUUGUCGAGGUCUAUGAAUCGUCUCUCCCCAAACUGUUCCCGAAGGGCACACCCGCAAACAAUGAGUCAACAGCUGCGCGCAGGUCUGGGAAGGGUUUCGCUGAUAUCAUCGAGUAUCACACACAGGGUCUGGCUGGUCGCGAUGUUCAGAUUAUCCCAACCGAGCGAUUCCUUCCCAACAAGAAAAAGGAUACCAAGAAGUCGACGCAAAAGUAUGAAGAAUACGCUGUGGUCCUCCGUCGCACAUGGGUGCUUCGUGGACAGGUUUCCAUCCCAGUGCGCAUUGAGCUAGAGAUCCAGUCAGAGUCAUUGUGCAGAGAAUUGCAGAAGAUUGCUGUGAGCCACUACGAAAACACCGACCUUGAGUCGGUCCCCAUCAAAAUGAGGGCGCCAUUCGAGGAGCUCUUCUUUUACCGCAACGAGAUCCAGGCUUUGACUGAGAAGGAGGAUAUCGACCUGCAGCUCCGCAAUGAUGUCAAGGUGCUGAACGAUUUCAUCAAGAACAACGGUCUCCUGACAAGUAUCAUUGACGACCAUGCCAAGUACAACAAGCUAGGCCAGGUUGUCUCGGAUAUUCUGUGGACCAUCUUCCCUCCUAACAGCCUGGUCGUGGUAAGCGUUGGCAUCAUUCGAGAGUGCUGGAUCCUGCGCAAUGUCUCCAUCGUCCAGACUCAAGUCCCAGGCGUCUACGACUGGUCAAUUGCUGGACUUCGCCUCGAUUUUGACGGGAUCUUACCGGGCAUGUCAUCGCAGACGUUCACGACCCCGAUGCUGGGGCUGCAGGUUUGCAAGAUCUCCGACCUGCCGGUCGUCCCCAUCGAGUAUUGCAACGACUGGUCGACUCUCCGGCCUAUGCUAGAAAUGAGGGCGGCAAAGCUGCGGAGAGUACUUGGGGAGGACUUGUCCUCUUUCCUGCCCCAGAUGUACACUGGUCCAUCCCUGAGCAUCUCCGAGUACAAUAAAGGUAUCAAGCCAACUCAAAUCGCAAAGCAGAUAGAUGAGCGCGUUAUCGUUGAUUACAAGAUGUAUGUCCAGCGGAACGAGGACUCUACCACAGAGCUUAUCAAGCUCGGCGACAACCAAAAAGUCCAGGCUGCUGGCGCGCGGGGGAAAGCUAGAGGCAUUAUCAGCAUCUCGGACGAGCGGUGUGCCGAUCCGACCUGCAAGACCUGCAUGAAGAAUAUGUCACACGGUGACGAAGUGUACGAAGCAGCCAGCUUUGCCCCGGUCAGACCCACUGCAGACCCGGAUACUAUCACCAACGGAGAUAAGCUGGACGAUAUCAACAAUCUGGCCAAUCUUGCUCAGCUCGUCAUUAACAGAUUCAAGAUUUCUCUUGAGGACUUCAGUCUACUAUUUCCCGCGCUUGUCCCUGCGUUUGGUUUAAAGUCGAAAGAGUGGUUAUGGCUAUGCAGUGACUCGCUUCAGGAUGUAAAUUGGAGUCUGACGGCCUUUGACUCGUUGCAGUUGGAAAGCCGUACGAAGGAUCUUAUUGAGUGUCUAGUUAAAGGCCAUAUGUCCAAGCUGGCAACCGCAUUUGAUGACGUGAUACCAGGGAAAGGGCAAGGUUUGGUGUUUCUCUUGCAUGGCGCCCCGGGACUCGGGAAGACGCUUACAGCCGAAAGUGUGGCAGAUUAUCUCAAAAAGCCGCUGUAUUCGAUCUCUGGCGGCGAACUGAGCACCGACGUUACCAAGGUUGAGCAGAGGCUCAACGAGAUCUUCAGUCUCACCAAACGAUGGGAUGCUGUGACUCUGCUUGAUGAGGCUGAUGUCCUACUAUGCAAGCGGAACUCGGCCGAUAUGGAUAGGAACGCGAUUGUCGGAGUGUUUCUACGAAUGAUGGAAUACUUCCAGGGAGUCCUGUUCCUCACGACUAACCGGAAGGAAGACUUUGACGAUGCAUUCAAGAGCCGUAUUCACGUCACCAUCACAUACCCCGAGCUCUCAGAUACAGCUCAGGCUGCUAUCUGGAAGCGAUUUACGGCGAACUUGCAAGUAAGCAAAGACGAAUCAUGGACCGAUGAAGUCUAUGGCACGCUUGGGAAGCUUGCUUUAAACGGUCGAACGAUCAAGAAUAUGCUACGGACAGCUGUAGCGUAUGCGAUUGGAGACAGGAAGCCGCUGAGCAUUUCGCAUGUCUUGGCCAUCGUUGAGACGGAGCUCAAGGAGUAUAUGGAGAUAAAUGAGAAAUCAUUAACUCCGGAAGAACAGGCAAAGAGAGAGCAGGCUAAGAGUGCGCUGCGGAAUCUGAAUCGAUUAUGUAACGACGAAUUCAAGGUCUGA